GCUGUGCGUCAGAUCGAAAAAAGAAGGCACCGCAUUCAGGAUCGCAAUUUGUUGGAACAAAAGCUGCCCAUUUCGGUCGAAAUUCCCCGGGCAAAAAGUGUCCCGUUCCUUCGGUAACCAGCUGCAGAACCUGGGCGGUGAUCGUUCCUAGCGAUGGAGUCCGAAAAUGACGUUUCCACCGAGCGUCAAUCGGUCUCACGGGAAGCGACUCCGGUGCGGGAGGAUGGCGAGGGCGGCGGUGACGAAGAGCAGCGAAAGUCACGGUCCCGCUCGAGGAGUUCCAGCCCGGCCAAGUCGCGGUCGAGAUCGCGCAGCGGAAGUGCGGCCAGUUCGAAGCGUUCGCGGUCCCGGUCGGGCAGUCCGGCGGCGGACACAACCGGUGGGGAGCAGCAGAAUACCACGCACGAUGAAAGUGUGGAGUCGAGGGAGAGGAGUCGGUCAAAGUCGGGGAGUCCGGUGAAGAAUGGGGAGGCGGCGCCGGCGACGGACAGGUCGCGGAGUGGAACGCCGGCUUCACGCAAGAGUCGCAGCCGCAGUGUGGGUUCGAAUCGGUCCAAGAAGAGCCGAUCGAGAUCGGGGUCACGAUCGCCGUCGAAGGCGAAAUCUGGCGGUUCGCGAUCUAGGUCGCGGUCCAAGUCCGUGUCUAAGGCAAGGUCGGGGGGCUCGCGAUCCCCCUCGAAGGCACGGUCCGGCUCGCGGUCAAAAUCCAGGUCACGCUCCCGGUCCAAGAGCGGUUCUAGGAGCCGCUCGGGAAGUCGGUCCAAGUCGCGCUCCCGGUCCAAGAGUGGAAGUCGGUCCAAGUCACGUUCGCGCUCGAAGAGCGGUUCCAGAAGUCGCAGCCGCAGCGGAAGUCGCUCAAAGUCUAGGUCCAGAUCCAGAUCCAAGAGUGGCUCGCGAAGCCGGAGCCGCUCGGGAAGUCGCGCAAGUUCGCGCCGCAGCCGCAGCGGAAGUCGCUCCAAAUCUCGCUCAAGAUCCAAGAGUGGCUCGAGAAGUCGCAGCCGUAGUCGCUCAGGAAGUCGCGCUAGUUCUCGUCGCAGUCGUAGUCGUAGCCGCAGCGGAAGUCGCUCAAAGUCACGUUCCCGGUCAAAAAGCGGAUCGCGCAGUCGUUCUGGAAGUCGGGCCAGCUCGAAGCGUAGUCGCAGCCGUAGUUCGGGCAAGUCCCGCAGUCGGUCCCGGUCCAGAUCCAAGAGCCGUUCGGUGUCUCCGUCGCAGCGCAAGAAGCGUGCCGCUGUGCUGAGCGACUCCGAGGACGAGGGAGGAGUGGACAAAACGCCCAAGAAGCGCGCAAAAAUCACAGACUCCGACCACGAGGGCGAGGAGUUGGAAGCGGAAGCGGAGGCAGCUGCGGCGGCCGCCGCAGAAGCUGCUGGAACCGGAGAAGGAGGAGAGGGCGAAGAUGCGCCCGCCGAGAGACCCCUCGUCGACGAGGGUGACUCCGACGAUGAGGGAGUGCGCGAGGGACGGGGAGCCGACUUUGCGUCCGAUUUUGACCUGAUGUUGGCCCGCAAGCGCGAGGAAAAGACCAAACGGCGCAAGAAGAACGACAUCGAUCUGAUCAACGACAACGACGACCUCAUCGCCCAGCUCCUGCAGCAGAUGCGCCAAUGCGCCGAGGACGAUCGCAUCCUGAACCAAGAAGGUCGUCCGGCCACCAAAAAGAUCGCCAUCCUCAAGUACGCCAUGUCGCAGCUCAUCAAGAAGGACCUCCAGCUGGCCUUCCUCGAGCACAACGUCCUCAACGUACUCACAGACUGGCUCGCCCCACUCCCCAACAAAGCCCUCCCCUGUCUGCAAAUCCGCGAAAGCAUCCUCAAGCUCCUAACAGACUUCCCCUGCAUCGACAAGUCCUACCUAAAGCAGUCCGGCAUCGGCAAAGCGGUCAUGUACCUGUACAAGCACCCGCGCGAAACCAAGUGGAACCGCGAGCGGGCCGGCAAGCUCAUCUCCGAGUGGGCGCGGCCCAUCUUCAACCUCAGCACCGACUUCAAGGCAAUGACCCGCGAGGAGCGGCAAGAGCGCGAGCAAAAGUCGAUCGGAGCGAGGGCCGGCAAGAGCGCCAAGGCACCGGAACCGGCCGGCCAGAGCAGCUCCAGCAAGAAGGGACUGCCGUUCACCGAGGCGGACAAGGGUGCCCUCCGCCCGGGUGACAAGGGAUGGGUCCAGCGAGCCCGCGUCCCGAUGCCUUCGGACAAGGAGUACGUCGUGCGGCCAAAAUCAACCAGCGAUGUGGACAUGAGUCGGAUUACCAAGAAAAAGAUGAACCGUUACGAGAAGCAUCUGAAGAAGUUUAUCGACGCGAAGCGGCUCAAGUCGUCCCGGCGGGCGGUGGAAAUUUCGAUCGAGGGCCGCAAGAUGGCACUGUAGACUAAAUAGUACUGUUUUAACUUAAUUCAUCCUUAUAAACACUUGAGAAAAAAAAAUACUGGAACUUUAUUUUGAGAACAGCAGGAAGGAGGCAGAAAACAUUUAGAUAAUUUGUGGCGUUUUUUUUUACUUUCAUGAGUAUUUUUUUCUUUUUUCAUUUGUCAUUUCAAGUAAAAUAACUUACUUUUUCUGUAUUUUUGCUACGAGGACAGGCGAAGACUUGAAUAAUACAUUGAACAAUGUCCCCCA